GGAGGACGCGGCGGGUCCGCGGGGACCUGAGACCUCGGGAUCCGCGGUGUCCGCGCUCGCGGGGCGGCCUGGGAAAGUCAGCAGUCAGCAGCGCAGUGGCGGGAACCGCAGCCCGGCGGCCCUGGAAGCUCCCAGGGUUCACUGAUCACCGAGACCUGCUCACCUGUGCAGCAGAGCAGAGGAGACCUGGAAGGAGAGAGGAGACAGAAGCUAAGGAUGCAGGGAAGUGAGCCAUGUGUUCAUUGUUCCUGAAAGAGAAAUUCAAAGAAGCGAAACAGUAAGAAAUGGCUAAUUCUCCAGUAAAUAUAUCACAGGGUGUGUUGACCUUCAGGGAUGUAGCAGUGGACUUCUCCCAGGAGGAGUGGGAAUGCCUGGACUCUGCUCAGAGGGCUUUGUGCAUUGAUGUGAUGUUGGAGAAUUACAGCAACCUGGUCUUUGUGGAGAACUAUUGCAAAUGUGUUCCUGGUCAUCAAUAUGUGAAGAUUGAAAAGGAGUCUUGUCAGUGUAAUGUCUUUGGCAAAGUGCUGCAUGAUCCCUCCACAUGUGCACUUUAUAGAACAAGUGAAACUACAGAAAACUCUAAUAACUACACAUGCAGUAAUCACAGGGAUGCCUCUGUUGACUCAUCAAACUCAGAUAGACAUGAAAGCAUGCACACUGGAGAAGGAAGUUGCCAAUCUAAAGACCGGGAGAAAUCUUUAAAUGUUUGUUCCAACUUUACUCAAGAUCAGAGAGUCUACACUGCAAAGAAAGAGCAUAGGCAGGAAGGUGAUGAGAGUUCUUCAUCCAGGCUUUUGCAACAACCAAUCUAUUCUGAAGAAAAUGCACACCAGUGUGGGAAAUUCAAGAAAUGCUUCAGGACUGCCUCCUACCUCACUGAUCAUCAGAGAAUUUAUACUGGAAUUACACCCUGCCAGAGCACUGUUAGUGAAAAAUCCUUCACCCAGCUUUCUACUUGUAAAAUACACCAAAGCCUUCAUACUGUGGAGAAACCUUUCACACAUAAGGAAUGUCACAAGUCCUUACCUUGGAACUCACAAUUUAGAAUACAUCAGAAUGUUCACACUGAGGAGAAACCUUACAAAUCUAUCAAAUGUGGCAAGUUCUUUACCCAGGACUCAAAUCAUAGAAGACAUCAGGGAUUUCAUAUUGGAGAGAGACCUUACAAAUGUAUGGAAUGUGACAAGUCCUUUAUUUGGGAUUCAGAUCUUAGAAGACAUCAGAGAGUUCACACUGGAGAGAGACCUUACAAAUGCAUAGAAUGUGACAAGUCCUUUACCUGGAAUUCAGAUCUUAGAGCACAUCAAAGAGUUCACACUGGAGAGGGACCAUACAAAUGCAUAGAAUGUGACAAGUCCUUUACCCGGGACUCAGGCCUUAGAAAACAUCAGAGAGUUCAUACAGGAGAGAGACCUUACCAAUGCAUAGAAUGUGACGAGUCCUUUACCUGGAACUCACAACUUAGAAGACAUCAAAGUGAUCACACUGAGGAGAAACCUUACAAAUGUAUUGAAUGUGACAAGUCCUUUUCCUUGAACUCACAACUUAGAAGACAUCAGAGUGUUCACACUGAGGAGAAACCUUACAAAUGUAUGGAUUGUAACAAGUCCUUUAUCAAGAUGUCACAGUUUAUAAGACAUCAGAGGGUCCAUACUGGAGAGAGACAUUACAGUUGUGAGGAAUGUGACAAAUCUUUUAACUGUUCUUCAGGUCUUAGAAGACAUCAGAGAGUUCAUACUGGGGAGAGACCUUACACUUGUCAGGAAUGUGACAAAUCUUUUAGCUGUUGCUCAGGUCUUAGAAGACAUCAGAGAGUGCACACUGGAGAGAGACCUUACAGUUGUAUGGAAUGUGACAAAUCCUUUACCCAGGUCUCACUUCUUAGAACACAUCAGAGAGUUCAUACAGGAGAGAGACCUUACAUUUGCAAGCAAUGUGACAAAUCCUUUACCCAGGACUCACAUCUUAGAACACAUCAGAGAGUUCAUACCGGAGAGAGACCUUAUAGUUGUCUGGAAUGUGACAAAUCGUUUACCUAUUGCUCAGAUCUUAGAAGACAUCAGAGAGUUCAUACUGGACAGAGACCUUACAAAUGUAUGGAAUGUGACAAGUCCUUUACCUGGGAUUCAGAUCUUAGAACACAUCAGAGAGUUCAUACUGGGGAAAAACCUUACAAAUGCAUGCAAUGUGACAAGUCCUUUACCUGGAAUGCACAAUUUAGAAGACACUCAGUUCACACUGAGGAGAAACCAUACACGUGUAUUCAAUACGACAAGUCCGUUUCCAAGAUGUCACAUUUUAUAAAACAUCAGAGAGUUCAUACUGGAGAGAGACCUUACCAUUGUAAGCAAUGUGACAAAUCUUUUACUAGAGGCAAACAAGUUAGAACACAUCAGAAUAUCCAUACUGGAAAGAAACCUUACAAAUGCUAAGGCUGGCAUUUCCUAUACCCAUAUUACAAGUCUUAACAGAUGGAGAGAAAAAUACCAUUGUAAAUACUGUGAUAUACCAUUUUCUGCUUACAAAUAACAACAGUAUAUAUAAUAGAAAUAAAGAUAAGAAACUUGUGAAAACUUUUAUUGAGGUUUAAGUCUUAGAAAAUAUCACAGUGUUUAUGCCAGAUUAAAAUUCUCCCAAUGUUACUGCA